AUGUCAACUUUAAUGGCAAACUUAGAAAAUCCCAUCGAGAAUAAAAUGACCAUUAGGAGAAAAUACACGAUGUGUGCCAAAGCAUUUUUGCUAUUAAUAUUCUGCUUGUUAUUAACGCAACAAAUUGCGUCGCGUCUACCUAACUUAGGAGAACCGCAAAUCUACCUGGUAACCCCGAUGUACAAAACAUUUACUGGACUUAAUCCAGAAAUUGUAAGUAAUUUGGAACGAUCUGAAGAAUCGUUGAUGAUCUACGUUAUAACUCCAACGUACAAAAGACCAGAACAGAUACCUGAACUUACGCGACUAUCGCAUACUUUAAGGUUAGUAAAAAACAUUACGUGGUUGGUUAUAGACGACGCAGAAAGCAAGAGUUCAGUCGUAGAAAAGCUGUUAAAUAAAUCUGGAAUUAGGUACGAAUAUAUGCUGGCACCGAUGCCGAAUGAAUUCAGAUCAAAUAAAAAGUAUUUACCACGCGGAGUCUCCAAUAGAAACAAAGGUAUUACAUGGAUCAGAAAUAAUGCAAAAACAGGAAUAAUUUACUUUGCAGAUGAUGAUAAUACAUACGAUUUAAAACUUUUUGAAGAAAUUCGAAAAACUAAGAAAAUAUCCAUGUUUCCUGUGGGUCUUGUAACUCAUUUGGGUCUUAGCACCCCGAUUGUGAAAAACUGUACUUUCAUUGGGUUUUACGAUGGUUAUUAUGCUGGUAGGAAAUAUCCAGUUGAUUUCGCUGGAUUCGCUAUUUCCGUAGAAUUUUUGCUAAAAAGCCCGAAUGCUACUAUUCCUUUUAAAGCUGGAUACGAAGAGGAUUUAUUUUUAAAAAGACUGUUGCCUUUUAGUUUUGGCGAUAUCGAAUUACUUGCUUCUUGUUGUACUGAAAUAUUAGUUUGGCAUACGCAAACCAAGAAAAAUCACCCUACUCGAAAAACAACAAUGAUAAAAUAAACAGAUAAUGUUAAAAUAAUCAAAUUCUACAACAAAUCCACGAAAUCCUACAAAGUCAUAUCACCUUAACCAGGGCCAACAAUUUUCUAUAGUUUUCGACUACAUGCAGGGAGUAACAAAAAAUGUACAGUACAUUUAACUACAGUUUCUGGGGCACAUUCAAGCUAACUUGCUUACAUGAAAAAUGGAUACUAAAGAAGUUACUGGAUAAUAAAGUUAAAAUUAUUUUGUGCUCUUGCUCUAAAACGACUUGACAUGUUUCUAUAAAAAUGUACAUGGGAUGUUAGUAUAUAGUGAUUAAUAAAAUGAAGUUAG